AUGGGCAAGCUCGACGGCAAGGUGGCGCUGGUCAGCGGGUCGGGGCGCGGUAUCGGGCGCUCGAUCGCACAGAAGCUCGCGAGUGAGGGGGCGAAGGUCGUCGUCAACGACCUCGACCCGAAUCCGGCGGCCGAGACGGUGUCGGCGAUCGAGGGCGGCGGUGGCAUCGCGGUCGCCUGCCCCGGCAGCGUGACCGAGGACGGGUUCGCCGAACGUUUCGUCUCGACGGCCGUCGACUCCUUCGGCGGCCUCGACAUCAUCGUCAACAACGCCGGGUACACGUGGGACUCGGUGGUGCAGAAGAUGAGCGACGAGCAGUGGGACGCCAUCCUCGACGUCCACCUCAAGGCGCCGUUCCGGAUCCUGCGCGCGGCGCAGCCGGUGAUCAGCGGGGCGGUCAAGCAGGCCAAGCAGGCGGGCACGCCCGUCCCGUGCCGCAAGGUCGUCAACAUCUCCUCGAUCGCCGGGACCGGCGGGAACGCGGGGCAGGCCAACUACUCCGCGGGCAAGGCCGGCGUCCUGGGGCUCACCAGGGCGAUGUCGAAGGAGUGGGGCCGCUACAACGUGACCGUCAACGCGGUCGCGUUCGGGCUCAUCCGCACCCGCCUCACCGAGGUCCCGGCCGGCGGCGACGGCAAGAUCGACAUCGAGGGUCGACAGCUCGCGGUCGGUGUCAACCCCGACCUGCUCGAGUCGAUGGAGAAGGGCAUCCCGCUGGGCCGGGCCGGUACGCCCGACGAGGCGGCGGGCGCGGUGUACCUCUUCUGCAUCCCCGAGUCCGACUACGUGAGCGGCCAGGUCACCGUGUGCGGCGGCGGGUUCAACGCCUGA